GCUGCCCUUUGAUCCCUGCAUUAGUGUUAGUUAGGGGCUCGGAGACACACUUGCACCGAGAGCAGCCAUAGUCAAGACACGGCAACAACAACAGCGGCACCUCCUCCGCCUGUGUUCCCAUUCCCCAACAAUACACUUUAAACCGAGGAAAGCCAGGUGCACGACCAAGUCCUUGCCAUCACUGGCGCCUCCAGUCUCAAUGGGAAAAACCUUUUUUCUUCUUAUCCCUAAACAAGGACGAGAAUGUGAUUAAAAACGGGGGAAAAUGCCAAGGAGGAAGCAGGAGCAACCCAAGCGCCUGCCUUCACAAGUGGACAGCAACGAGGAAGGAGGGCCUGAUGAUGGUCCAGUGGAGGAAGAAGGCUGGUUUGGGAAUGCUUCUGACACGCGCUCAGAGUCGUCGUCCUAUGGAGACACCCAGGAUGAACUCCUCCUUGCCAGGGGCUCCUCUCCCGAUGAACGGCCCGGAGUCGGCGCUGGGUCCGGGGACCACGAUACCUGUGGAGGUGAGAGCGCAUUGGGUUGCCCCACACCCGUCCAUCGUGCCUCUUUGGAACUUCUCGGACUGGAUGGAGGUGCAUUCUCGGCCCAGGACACACUCUCUUCUGUGGUGUCGUCACUGUACGGCGAGGCAGCGUCUCGUGCCCUGGGAAAACCCCUCAGCAGCAACCUGCGGCGCCUCCUUGAGGCCGGCUCGCUGAAACUCGACACUGGGGAGCUGCUGGGUCGGUCAUCCCGGGGAUGUGCUGGGGGGGAGUCACCUCCAAUGGGUCUACCCCCGCCUCUGACUCUCUCACCAUCUUCCCACCAUGCCCAACAUUUAAGUGCUCUUGCCCGAAAACUAGCCAAUAACAACAACAACAACAGCGGCUCAGCCUCACCAGCCUCCUUGGCACCCUCAGUCACUAACAUUAAGCAAGAGCCCCUUGAUCCCUUUAACUCUGUUACCCCGAGCAACGGCAGUGGCUUUGUAUGGGCAGGUGUUGCAGAUAAGUGGCCACCGGCCAGCUGCUCCACGCCCUGUGGCUCCAGCCUAUCCCCGGACUCCGCAAUCCAGAAGUUAAAAGCAGCGGCGAAUGCCGUGCUUCAAGACAAGAGUGCCGUGGCCUCCUCCUCAACGACUUUGUCCACCUCCUCCGCCUCGUCUGCACUGCCCGCCCUCGGAGGGGGCGGUCGAGGAGAUGACGCGGUGCGCUUUGAUGCCUUCAACUCUCCGUUCAGCCCACAGUCCGCGAGCUCCACCCUCGCCGCACUUUCCAAGAAAGUCAGCGAGCGGAGCCACACCUCGUCAACGCCCAGCGCUGCUACCGAUCACCAAUCCUCCAAUUCCUUCCUCUCGCUUGUGUCGAUGACCUCCUCUGCUGCCUUGCUCAAAGAGGUGGCAGCCAGGGCAGCGGGAAACCUGCUGGCAGAGAAGAAAGACGGUUCCUCCUUGGCCACUGCUGGAGUCCUCCAAGAGGAUGUGAAGCCCCUGCUGGACAAGAACCAGAGAGCCCCCACGCCCUCUACGCCCAACCACAGCCUCGACUUGCUGCUGCCCUCUACUCCGAAGAACAGAGGCAAACCAAACAGCCAAGCAGGCUCUCCUGAGGAUGGUGGCAAACCGUUCCAGUGUCCCGUGUGUGGACUGGUCAUCAAACGCAAGAGCUACUGGAAGAGACACAUGGUCAUCCACACAGGCUUGAAAAGCCACCAGUGUCCCCUGUGUCCCUUCCGCUGCGCGCGCAAAGACAAUCUAAAGUCCCACAUGAAGGUACAUCAGCACCAGGACCGGGGUGAGACAUUUCAGUGUGAACUUUGCCCCUUCACCUCCUCCCGUCACUUCAGCCUGAAGCUUCACAUGCGCUGCCACCAGCACUUCCCCCACUCGGACGUCAAGGUGAAAGAGGAGCUCACCACCGACACGGAGGGCGAGGGCUCUCUGAUGGGUGACAGCGGCCCCGCGGACCUGGGAGGGACGGAGGUGUCGCCACUGCACUCGGACAGCCAGCAGCAGACGUCCUCUCCGGUCGAGGCUUCCUCCAAUCACGUCCACAUCAAGGAGGAGCCGCAGGAGAGAGAUCUGUCUGUGCUCUCCCCCUUUAACAUGUGCAGGGACCGUCCCAGCAGCAGCGUCAACUCCUUGGACCUAUCGGGAGUUGGGUUAGGAGUCGGGGUCAGAUCCAUUUCUAGUGGUCCAACCAUAGCCUCCAUCUUCAGCAAUGACAUCACUACCAAGACGGCAACUGACCUGCUUAUGAAGCUUUCAGCGGCCAGCCAGAGGGAGAUGCUCAAGUCUCCAUUCCACCUGAAGGAAGAGCCCAAAGUGGAGGAAGCAGUGAGCCCUCGGCCAUUCUCCCAGUCCCAGAGCCAGGUACAGCCAAGCUUCCCUGCAAGUUUCUGCCACAACGGGCCAGUGGGGGCGGCAGCCGCCACGGAGCGUCCAGGGUCACUGAAACCAAGGGAAGGAAGUCCCAGGGCUAAGAAUACCUUGCUGAACCAGGAUAUCAACAUUAAGGCUGCCUCUGAGCUGCUGAUUAAGCUUUCAGAGAACAACAAAGAUCAUUACGAGAGGGUGAAAGUAAAGGCAGAGCCCAUGGAGGUGGACCCACCCCCCGUUGAACUCACCCAACCUGCCUCUUUCCUGCGGGCCUUUGGCACUUUCGGGGCAAGUGAGAAGACUGAGCCAAUGAGUAACCUUCUAGAGACGUUGGCCCGCCCCCAGAAAGACCUGUUCUCCCAGGACAUAUCGGUCAAAAUGGCCUCAGAACUACUGUUCAAAUUGUCAGAAAAAGUCAGCAAAGCCAACAACCUCAAAGACAGUAACAUGGUGGGAAUAAACAGUUCGUUCCUGGACGAGUGCUUCAGACAAUCACCCUUUAACUCGCGCUCCAAGAGCUCUUCCCCCGCAGAACCCAGCUCUUCUGCCAGGGCACUAUUCCAUGACUCGGAAAAGGAUGACGGGGAGCCGGGAAACGGGAUUGCCCCGUGGAGACUCAGCGAACAGCUCUUCCCCUGCCCCGUCUGUGGCAAAGUGUUCGGCAGACAGCAGACGCUUUCUAGACAUCUGUCUCUCCACACAGACGAGAGGAAGUACAAGUGCCACUUGUGUCCGUAUGCAGCCAAGUGCAGGGCUAACCUCAAUCAGCACCUGACCAUCCACUCCGUCAAGCUGGUCAAUACGGAUGCUGAGCAGAUUGUCAGCGCUGUUACAGCCGAGUCCGCCGAGCGCAAGAACUGCCUCUACUACUACAGCUGCCAUGUGUGUGAUUUCCAGACGGAGCUGAAUGCCCAGUUUGUCAGCCACAUGUCGCUCCAUGUGGACAAGGAGCAGUGGAUGUUCUCGCUCUGCUGCAGCGUCUGUGACUUCGUCUGCAUGGAGGAGAACGACAUGAAGAACCACAUGAGCAGCGGGCACGCAGGUCUGAGCUCCAGAAGUCCCCUCAGCGAGACCAAGAGCACCUCCUCUUCCCUCUCGGCCCUCAGCGACUCACUCAACAGCUCGGAGGGCGGAGACCUCAACCACAGUAACGACGAGCUCAGGGGCCUGCUGGCCCUGCCCUCCUCCGCAGGGAGCCAGUCCAGCUCUGGAAGCCACUCGGGGUCAGGAACUGAGGACAAGUCGGACAAAGGUUUCGAAUGCGUCUUCUGCAAUUUUGUGUGCAAGACGCGCAGCAUGUACGAACGCCACCUCCAGAUCCACCUCAUCACGCGGAUGUUUGAGUGCGACGUCUGCCACAAGUUCCUGAAGACGCCUGAGCAGCUGCUGGAGCACAAGAAGUGCCACACCGUCCCCUCCGGAGGGCUCAAGUGCCCUUUCUGCAUCUACUCCACCAAUCGUCCGGCGGCCAUGGAGUGCCACCUGAAGACGCACCGCAAGAUGGAGUACCGCUGCCGCAUCUGCCAGGGACUGUGGCCGGACCAGGCCUCACUGGAGGCCCACGUGCGCGGCCAUCGCCUGGGCAACCACUACAAGUGUGAGCGGUGUGGCUACUUGUCCAAGACGGCCAACAAGCUGAUCGAGCACGUGCGCGUGCACACGGGCGAGCGGCCCUUCCACUGCGACCGCUGCUCUUACAGCUGCAAGCGCAAGGACAACCUCAACCUGCACAAGAAGCUGAAGCACGCCCCGCGCCCGACUCUCGGCUGCCGAGAGUGCCCCUUCACCACCACACACACCCUCGUCUUCAGCCGCCACCUCGAGAAGCACCGGAGCGCAGGAGCGGGGGGUCCGGACGGCGGCGAGGGAGGAGAGGAGGAAGAAGAGGAAGAAGAAGAAGAAGCGGAGGUGGAGGACGACGGGGAGGAGGCCGGAGAGGAGGAGAAGGAGGAGGAGGAGGAGGAGCCGGCGGCGGCGGCGGCCUCUUCUUUGAGGACGAGUGGGGAGAGCUUCCUGUUUGGCGGAGGGGGCGGGAGCAGCAGCAACAGCCCGCUCAUGAGUCUCACGGCGUCCCGGGCGCUGCAGUCCGUCGCCCUGUCGCUCACGCUGGGCACGCCCCGCCGGCUGGACGCCGUCGGCACUAACGGCAACAACAACAACAACAACGGCGGCACCGCCAGAGGCCCCGGCGGCCCCUCCUCCCUCUUCCCGCCCUCGCCCCGCCACAUGUUGGAGCAGUCCAGGAGCUGCGGCCGGGCACACCUGAUCCCCCUCACCGCCGCGUUCACCCACAGCCGCCGCUUCACAUUCCACUCCCGGUGGCGGCCCGCCGCGCCGCCUCUUCUCUUCUCCUCCGACGCGGCGUCGCCCUCCCGCUCUUCCUCCUCCUCCUCACCCUCCUCCCACAAACACUCCUUCCUGGCCUACCUGGGACUGACGGAGAGGGCCAAGACUGUCUGACCUCCCCCCCCCCCCCCCGCUCUUUCCCUCACUCCUCGGACGGUGGUGCGAAGCGACACUUGACCGCUGCAGUGGGAGCGACGUCUUUUCCAAUCAGACCAGCAGAAUAAGCUGGACCAGACAAACGGACGGAAGAAAAGAAAACAAACAUUUAUAAGAGAAAAAGGCUGUACAUGCUAUAAAAAAAAAAAUGCAUUUAUAUCAAAAAACUGCUUUUCUUAUCAGUUCUAUCGAUUGAAUUAUUACUACUUCAACUACUACUCUCUAUUACCCUUUUUUCUGUUUUGAGAUGUCUGAGUGACUUGGACCCGGUUGCAUCAUCUGAGGGAAACUAACGUAUCUCGGUUUUAUAGAUAUUUUUCUUUAGUCGUCGGACGAGAUAAAAAGACGAAACAAAACUUGCAAGUGCUAUACUUUAGUGCAUUUCUGUCUAUUGCUAUUAUGCAUCGAAAUAGCAUGCCUGUGUUUCAACUAGCUUUGACGUCAUUAGGAAGCGACAUUCGAGAGAUCCUGAAGUGUUCGCGGUGCAACGUGGACAGAACCGAGGAGACGUAAACGGCCCGUUUCCAAAGCAACGCCUCAAACCACGCACUUACUUAUUUAUCAGUCUUGUACAUAGUUUUGUAGCCCCUCCCCUUCUCAUCUUUUUGAUUUGUUGUUUUUUUGUAUAAUGGUGAAACCAUCUUAUGCAUAGCUGCUGCCUGAUAGCACCUCCGUCUCAAAAUAAGUCUCAUUUAAAUGGGUUACUAGUUAAUUGUAAUAGUUUUUUUUUUAGUAAGCUCACAAAACAGAAGAUAAGCUGUGAUAAUGUAAAUAAGGAAACUCUGACUUAUCAUCACAAGAAACAUUCUACAUUUAUUACUAAUUUGAUUUGAUGUAACGUGUGACGAUGAGUUUGCACUCGCAGUGAAAUGAGGAACUAUUUCUGAGACCAGGUGGAGAUCAGCGCAGCUUCAUAUGCGGAACUAUGUAUCACGCACCGAUCCUGAGAAGAGAUAUAUGAGAGAACUGUUUUGUGGAGGUGACCGGCUCGGGGUCAGCAAGCUGCCCACAGCCACGGUCACCGCAGGCCGAUUCAAUGGUGCUUUUUGGAGCUUUUUGUAAUUUUUGUGUACAAAAAAAGAAGAAAGAAACUGUUCCAAAAUGACUUGAAUGAAUGUAUUUUUGUUGAUGUCCAUGGAGAAAGAAGCGAUACAGAAGAGCGAGCGGGGACGUCUCCCGCGCUGGAAAAGACGGGAACGUGAGCUGGUGUGUCCGGUGGCCUUCUGUCUUUUUUCUUUGGUCUUUCUUUUUUUUCCACUUUUUUUACUGAGCCUUUUACAUCAUAAUAAAAACAUUUUCUACUAACAUUCAUAGAGAACCCAUCAAGAAAAAAGAAGAAAGAAGAAGACAAAAAAAGCUCCUGCAGGUGCAAUGAUGAAGCAAAGCCAUUCACGUGUACAGCAUUGUUUUCAAUGGCACUGGCUUCUGUAGGCCGGCAGACAUGGUACUGCCCCCCCCCCCCUCUCUCUUUUCAACCUUUUGAGUUUUAAUUGCACUUAAUAUAGUAACACUUCAAGCCAAAAGCACUUAAACCUUUUCAUUUCCCUUUUUUUUAAAGCGCAAACAUAGAUCCACCAAGUUACCCUAACGUGAAGUGGACAGUAGGAAACGACUCAAUCACCAGCCCUCAGUUUCACUUGUAAGCAUUUCCAGCGGUGCAAAAGGGCCUCUGUGAAACCGGAGAGCGUCAAUUAAUACAAAUUGCAUGAAUUAGACAUAAAGGUCAAGCUCUCCCUGGGAACUAAAGGUCCCAGGCUAAAUUGUGAUAGCCAGUUUUGCACAGUGCUGCACUUUUUGAUAAAGAGAAUAUGUAUUUAUCCGUAAAAUGUUCAAAAAGGAGUGUUUUGCGAGACAGAUUAGCAAAGUACAAGCCAACAUCCCUUAUUGUAAAGGGAUUGUCCUUUUGUUUUUUUAAUUUUCCGUACGCUCUCCUUUUGUCUAUUUUACUCACGCAUUCUCCAUCAAUGAAUCAUUAUUGCUUUUUUUAUUUUUCUACUUUGAUCGUGUCAAGUAAAAAUAAUUGUUGAUUGGACAGAGAAACGAAUUGUCGAGACCAAAACGUGACACGCCGCAGGAAGUGAUGUUAGGAUUUAAUCCGUCACGUCCUGUUCUGGAGCGAAGCCUCGGUUGUCCCCGGUUACACGGCUGGUUGUUUGUUCCUUUUUGGCACGCUGUCUCUGGAGUGAGAGGAGCAUCACACACACACACACACACACACACGUAAACACACACUUGUACUAUCGGCGUUAUCUUUUAUACUCUAGUGCCACUUGGUGGAAGGAAACCACCUGAGACUUCUGAGAAUGAGUCAAACGAAUUGUCAGGGUCCGAAAGAUAAAACGAUUUUUAAAAGAAUAUGUCCGAUCUCGACACCUUUUCUUUUUUUUUUUAAUGCCUGUCUUUUUUUAUUACAGCUUAAUCAUAAACGGCUGCACUUCUUUAUGUCCCUUAGUUUGUAACAAUUUGAAAAGGCGACUGGACUUUCUAUCCUUUUGAAAAACCAAUAUUCUAAAGCACUUAUUGUUUAUUUUUGCCCAAUUGUGAGCAGCACAGUGACCUAUUUGGGUUUUUUAAAGCGUGACUACCUUCUCAGCACUUCAGUUUGCAUGACGUUGCCCUCUCGAGCUCCUAACUCCCUCGGUUGCAUUUCGCUGGCGUCCCUCUGCACCGUCUCCGAUCCGUUGGCUUUACGUCGGGCGGUUCUACCAUCGCAAAAGGCUCGGCUAUCUUCUCUGGUGGCACUCGGUAAAGAUUGGUAUGUGCUGUACAAAGCUUUUUUUUAUUACUCCAUUGUUAAGGCUGUACAGGGUUGUGACGAUAACUGGUAAAUAGAUCAUUUGUACUUUUUUGCUUUUUGUAUUUUGUUUUCUUUGUUUGGCAUUAUUUUAUGUUCAACUUGCCAGGUCUAAAUGUAACAGGAUUUGAAAGUAAAGCUUACAUCAGAUAUUA